UCCGGAAGUGAGCUAAAACAACAUCGCCGGAAGUGAGCGGGAAGAACGUGCAUUUUAACAAAACCGGAAGUUGGCCGAAACAGAUACACAAACGCGUCCCACAUGUCCUGUCCCGUUGUUUGAUGACCGGUGUCCUGUAAACAUGAAGCUCUUAACUCACAACAUGCUCACCUCCCACGUGCGGGGAGUGCGGCCCGGUGGAGGAUUCCCCCUUCGUAUCCAGGCAACGGAAGUGAAGAUGAACAAUGUUGAUUUCAACCCAGAGUUCACUGCACGGAUGAUACCUAAGGUGGAAUGGGGAGCCUUGGUAGAGGCAGCUGAGAGUUUGGGUCAGCGGUCAGACUUGCCCUCCGAGCCCAUACCUAACUUUGAGAGCAACGAGGAUUUCCUCCGAAAAGUGCAUCACGUCCUGAUGGAGGUGGAGGUGAUGGAAGGUGUGCUGAAAUGUCCAGAUACGGGGCGCGAGUUCCCUAUCACUAAAGGCAUUCCCAAUAUGUUGCUGAGUGAAGAAGAGACGUGAGCUGGUUUGGAGCUCCAAGAAACAAGCCUUGGAGGUGGGGUGUGGGGACUUGUUCCUGUGGAAGGGUAAAGCCCUUAUUUUUCUGUUGGGGAAGGAGAUGUUUUGAAGAUAUACUUGGUUGUUAUUUUGCAUGUGUGUGUCAAUAAAUACAAGUUGUUGAAUGUG